AAGUUCUAAGUGACUAUGUGAAUGUAGCUUUUGAGAAUAACGAAUAUUAUGAUAACGAUGUGAUGCUAACUUUGUUGAGAUUGUUUUGUUUAUAUCCUCAUUGUUAUGAUAAAGAAAUAAUUAAGAAAAUAUUGAUAUGUGUUUUAUAUAAUAUAAAUAAUGUGGAUAUGAAUAUGUAUAUGAGUUUAAUAAAUUCAAGUUUAUAUGAUGAAAAUAUAAAAAGUGUUAUAUAUAUAUAUGAAUUAAUAAAAAAUUGUCAGUAUAAAAAAUUAUGGAAUUGUAUAAAUAAUAAUAUAGGUAAUGAAGAUAAUAAUUGUGAUUAUUCUUAUUUAAAGAAUGAUAAAAAUUUUAUUUCUAAUAUUAGAAAAUAUAUUUUAAAUACUAUCUCAAUAAGUUUUGAAAGUAUAUAUUUAAAAAACAUGUCAGAAUAUUUAAAUAUGGAAGAUAAAACACAACUUGAACAAUUUUUAAAUGAAAAUAAAUGGACUAUUAAAAUGGUAAAUCAUAAAGGACACGAUGAACAAAUAUGUUAUAAUGGAAAUAUAGAAACAGUUCAAAAUAAAAAAAAUAUAAAUACUUAUUUUACUGAGGAUAAUAUAGGAUCUUACAUAAAUAAACUUAACCACUAA